AUGAAUCCCAUCAACACAUCAUGGGACCAACCUAAAGAAACGGAAUACGACCGCCUGCCGCCAUUGUUCAAGUUGGACGAGUUCUACCCGUGCCUGCGCGGGCCAGGUGACCGCUACUGCUACGUCAACGCCAGGCUGACUGCCAACUCCGGCAGCGAACUGCUUCUUAUCAUACAACUGGACGAGUUCUACCUGUGCCUGCGCGGGCCGAAGGACCGCUACUGCUACGUCACCGCCAGGCUGACUGCCAACGCCGGCAGCGAAUUGCUUCAUAUCAUACAAGAAUAUUCAGCUAGCAACAUCACGCAUUACGACCAUAACUUAAUACAUUGGGGCAUCUGCGUAACGAAGACAUGUCGGCAAUACCUCGGCAACCACACAGUUCACGAGGCCCUCGAGGCCUGCCUCAACUCCUCGCUCCAGCAGACCUACCAGCUCCAAGCCCGGCUGGUGGAGGACCAGGUCUACUGCACCGAGUUCGGGGAAACCGUCCCCAUAGACACCGGGGAUAUCAUUGUAGCUGCAGUUUUUGUUGCGAUUGUGAUUCUUAAUAUUCUUGGAACUUUUUACGAUUUCCGUUUUAUCCAGCAGAAGUCUUUAGUCGGAGGGAUCCUUCUGUGUUUCUCUGCGAAACGAAACUGGGAGCGCCUGAGGGCGCCGCCGGGGGAAGGCCCGGAGCCUCGGCGGCGGCGGCUUAACAUGUUUAACGGUGUCAAAUCAUUGACGACGUUCCUUGUGGUUUUCGGCCACUCUCCUAUCACGGCACUCAUUUCUUCAAACAACCCACAUUUCACUGAGUUGAACUACUAUAACCCGCUGUUCCACAUAUUCGCCAACGGGAACCUGAUAGUGCAGAGCUUCUUCUUGAUGUCGGGGUUCCUGCUCGCAUUCAAUUUGCUGCUGGUGGAGGAGAAGACUAAACUCUCUUGGAGACAUUUCCCAAAGAUAACCAUGUUAAGGUGGAUGAGAAGGUACAAAAUCACGACUCCAACCCUCACUUGGCUGCUUUAUCCAUUCUUUUUUGUUCAGAUUGACCCCACCUUACGCCGCCGUGCUCGCUGUAGUGUAGUAGCUACUUGGAUGAGACGUUUCGGAAACGGCCCCAUGUGGCAGACGGCUGUGGGUGCGGAAGUGGAUGCUUGUCGUCGAGACUGGUACUACCACCUACUGUACGUCAACAACUAUGUGGACUACUCGCAAUGCAUGGGGCACGCGUGGUAUUUAGGAGCGGACAUGAUGCUAACGAUUCUCGGGCUCCUGAUAUUCUGCACACGAAGUAGUUGGCGUGCGCGGAAGACCGCCAUUGGCGUGGCGUUAGUGGUUGGCGUGCUCACGCCAGCGGCGCACAUCUACUUCCAGAACCUGAACGCCAUCGUCUUACUCUCACCAGAAGUCACCCGCAAUUUCCUCGUGAACGACCCGACCUUCAACAACAUGCACAAGCGGACCCACACCAACAUCGUCUGCUACGCCAUGGGCCUGGCACUAGGCAUGUGGGUCUACAAGCUCAUGAAUACCAACUUUGACGUCACCAAAUAUAAGAAAUACCGUGUCAUCUACUGGUGCACGUUCCCGGCUAUGUUGCUCCUCACCAUGAGCGGCGGCGUCUUCUACAUCGACGGCAUCCAGGUCCCGCUGGUCGUGCGCCUCUUUUACUCGCCUCUGGUCAAGAUCCUGUACGGGAUGAAUCUUGUCGUGUUAACGACAGGGACUGUGUUUAAACUGGAAACGGUGUACCGUGGGUUGCUGGAAUGGCGAGGCUGGGCAGUGUUCGCGCACUUAUCCUACUGCGCCUACUUAGUGCACGUGUCCGUGAUACGCUACAGCGCCGCCAACCACACCUCUCUGCUGCACGCCAGCUUCUUCCACAUCGCCCUAACUUACUUCGGGCAGCUGGUCGCGACCUUCAUCCUGGCUUUCCUCUGCUGGAUGAUGAUCGAGGCGCCCUUCAGCCAGCUGGUGAAGGUCUGCUUCUAUCCCGCUCCCAAAGAACAGAAGAACGAAGAGACGGAACUGACAAGAACAUCGAAUUUUAUUAUCAGCAGCAAAUAG